AUGUCCGACUACUACGGCGCCCCUCAACCACCUCCCUACACCCCCCCAGCGGGCCAAUACAACUCCCCGCCACCCAACACCUACGGCUCCCCCGCUCCCAGCGCCUACCAACAACAACCCCCGCAACAACCCUACGGCGCCUACACCCCUGACGCCAAAGCCCCCACCGGCUACUACGACAACACCUACGGCGCCACCCCCAGCCCACAACCCUACUACCCCCCUCAGCAGCAAUACGGCACCUACCAGCAGCCGCAGCCCCAACAGCCCCAGCAGCAAUACGGGUACACUUCGCCGCCGCCCCAGCAGCCCUACUACCCCCCCACCGGCGGCGACUACUACGCCGGUAGCCGCUCCGCCUCCGCUACGCCGUCGGCGGCGUCCACGGGAUAUCCCCCGCAGCAGCAGGCAUACGCGGUACAGCAGCAUCAGCAGCCGAUGUAUCAUCAGCCACAGGGUCCCGGGGGCUCAAUGGACCCGUAUGCGUACCAGCAGCCGUCGGGGCCUGGCGCGUAUGCGGAUGGGUCGCAGCCGGGGUAUGGGCAGCAGCAGCCGGGGGCGGAGGGAGAGAGGGGGUUGGGCAGUACGUUGAUUGGUGGGGGCGCGGGAGCGUUCAUUGGGAGUAAGAUGGGAUUUGGGAAAGUCGGAGGCGCGGUAGGGGGAGCUAUCGCGGCGAACUUGUUGAGCCACCACAGUAAGAAGAAGAAGCACCACUAA